AUGCCCCUGACUGACAGACUGCGUGAGAAGAUAUCGCAGGCCUUCCAUAAGCAUGGGCUUCUGUGUGCGUCCUACCCCAUCCCUAUCAUUGUCUUCACAGCGCUCUGCAUCCUGGCCUGCUGUUACCCACUGUUGAAGCUGCCUCUUCCAGGGACAGGCCCUGUGGAAUACAUUACCCCUGUGAAGGAUUACUCUCCCCCUCCAGCUGAAGUGAACCCCAACGACCGCAGUGAGCGCCCCGAUUGGUACCUUGGACCUCCUGUGGCCUACAUCCAGCAAGUCCUGGUGAAGGGGGUCGUAUCUCCGUGGGACAAGAACUUCCUGGCUGUGGACGUGUUUCGUUCUCCGUUGUCACGAGUGUUCUCCUUAGUAGAGGAAAUCCGGAAUCAUGUGCUCAGAGACAGAGCCGGUCAGAAGAGCCUGGAGGACGUAUGUCUGCAGGUAACCGAUCUACUGCCAGGACUUCGAAAGCUCCGGGACAAACUGCCCGAACAUGGCUGCCUCCUCCUGUCUCCGGCCAACUUCUGGCAGAACAACCGCGAGCUGUUCAGCAAUGACCCAGACCUCAUCCGGACCAUCCAACAGCAUGAACCCAAGACCCUGCAGACGUCUGCCACCCUCCGAGAUUUGCUGUUUGGGGUUCCGGGAAAGCAGAGCGGAGUCAGCCUGUACAACCGCAAACGGCUUGUGUCCUACACCAUCACACUGGUGCUGCGCAGAUAUGACGCCAAGUUUCUGAACAGUCUGAGGUCCCAUCUGAAGCAGCUGUAUCCGCGCACCAACAGCACGUCCCGGGGGAAGAACAUCGUCCAUGUCCACUUCAAGGAGGAGAUUGGCAUAGCUGAGCUGAUCCCGCUGGUCACCACCUACAUCAUCCUGUUCGCCUACAUUUAUUUCUCCACUAGGAAGAUUGACCUGGUGAAGUCGAAGUGGGGUCUGGCGCUGGCGGCGGUGGUGACGGUCCUGAGCUCCCUGCUGAUGUCGGUGGGUUUGUGCACCUUGUUUGGACUGACCCCCACCCUCAAUGGCGGGGAGAUCUUUCCUUAUCUGGUUGUGGUGAUUGGUCUGGAGAACGUGUUGGUGCUGACGAAGUCGGUCGUGUCCACUCCGGUCGACCUGGAAGUGAAGCUGCGGAUAGCGCAAGGAUUGAGCAACGAAAGCUGGUCUAUCAUGAAGAACAUGGCCACCGAGCUGGGAAUCAUCCUGAUUGGUUAUUUCACUUUGGUUCCUGCCAUUCAGGAAUUCUGUCUAUUUGCAGUCGUUGGGCUCGUGUCAGACUUCUUCCUGCAGAUGUUCUUUUUCACCACCGUCCUUUCCAUCGACAUCCGCAGAAUGGAGCUCGCAGAUUUGAACAAGAGGAUGCCAGCAGAGGCCUGCAUGCCGCCAGCCAAGCCGGUGACCCGCGCCCGACAUGAGCGCCAGCAAGCUUUGAGACCCAACACCCCUCACACCAUCACCCUGCAGCCAUUCCGAAACUUGCGCCUGCCCAAAAGGCUCCGCCUCAUCUAUUUCUUCGCCAGGACGCGCCUGGCACAGCGGAUCAUCAUGGCCGGAACUGUCGUCUGGAUCGGGAUCUUGUUAUACACCGACCCUGCCGGCCUGCGUACCUACCUAACCACUGUGCAGGUGACCGAGCAGAGUUUUUUUUGGUUUUUUUUUUUUGUACCUCCCCUUUUUGUACCUGUCCUGCCCGCCUCCGACCCCCAGAACACGCUGUCUAUUUUCCAACCGGCUCUUCUCAACUUUUUAGAGAACCAAUCGCAAGCGGGGUCUAAAGAUCAGAGCAAAGGCAGACCUGAGAUGAAGGAGGACCAGGCCCACACAGAGGUGACUUGGGGCCCCGAAGAUGAGGAAAACGUGGAGAAAACUGUCCUUUAG